AUGAAUGAACCAUUACAUCUAACAGAAAUUGGUAUUCGUUAUUUAUCUAAUUAUUUAUUACGUAUUGUUUCUAAUCAACCUAUUCAUAUAUGUGAAUUAUCAUGUUUAACACCGCGUUUAGGUAAUUUAUUACUUAAAACAAUAAUUGAAUCUAAACGAUUAGAUUCAUCCAAUUCAACUGAUUAUUUUCUUUCUUUAUUUAAUAAACCUGGUCAAAAAAAUGAAUUCAAAUCUGAAGUACUUAUACAAUUAAGUGAAUUAGAUUUUCAUUCAUGUUCAUUUAUAACCAAUCAAUCCAUAUCAAAAUAUUUAUUAUCACAUGAAUUAAUUGAAAUUAUUGAUUUACGUAAUUGUAAAAUAACAUAUAAAAUAUUUCAAUUAUUAACAAAAUAUUUUCCUCGUUUAACAACAUUAUAUAUUGGUCAAACAGAAGAUGUUUCUGAUAGAAAUUCAAAUGUCGAUGAAUUUUUUCUAAAAAUUUAUUUCGAUCCAAAAUAUUAUUUAAAAAAAUCGAAAUUAAAAUAUCUUUCAUUAGAAGGUAUUUAUACAACAACAAAUAAUGAAUUAAUUGAAGAGCUUUUUCAUAAUUCAUUAACACAAUCAAGUGAACAAAUACGUUUUCUUGAUUUAUCAAGAAAUUCAUCGCUAAAUAAUUUAACAUAUAUUGAUUGUUUUAAACAUAUACAUUCAUUAAUACUCUAUGAUAUAUUACCUGAUACAAUUGAAUUAGCAAUUGAUUCAAUAUGUACUUUAAAAGCAUUAGUUUUACUUGAUUUAUCAUUUACAAGACGUGUACAUGAACCACAUAAUUAUUCAAAACCAACAAUAACUUUAGCAAAAUUAAUCAGAUCAUUACCGAAAUUACUUUCAUUAGAUAUAAGUGGAACAAAUUUAGCAGGAGCCUUUUCAUUUAAUUCAAAUGAAGAAUUAGCAUAUAUAAAAAAAGAACUGUCAAUUGAUGAACAUGAAACUUUUACAAUACGAUCGAGUAUAGCUGGUUUAUUAUUAUUAAAACAUGAAUUAGAUUUUUUGGGACUAUUUGAUGUUGAAGAAAGGGGUUCAGCUAGACAAUGGUUACCAGCAAAAAAAAUAACCGGUGAACAUUCUGAGGAAAUGAUGAUAACCUCUCUUUCUCAUUAUAUGGAACGAUCGAAUAUGUUAACACAUGUUAUGGCACAUUUAUUUCGUUUAUACAAUCACUAUACUAUUCAAAAUCCAUUCGAUGCUGGAAAAUUAAUAAUGGAUGGUAUGGAAAAGCAUUUAUAUGAUCGUAGUCUUCAAACAUCGGGUAGUGCAUGUUUAUAUUAUGUUGUUGAUAUGUUUCAAAAUGAAUCGGAUACAAUGUUAGAAAAAUAUCAUGAUUAUUUAAAACGAUUACUUAUACUUAUUCUUACAGCAAUGAAAGCUCAUAUUCAUCAUUCACCAAUGAUUCGUAAUGGAUUAUUAACUAUAUCUCGAAUGCAAAUGCAUUUACCAAAUCAUAUUAUGAGUGCUUUUGAACAGACAAUUAAUGUUCUUAUUAAAUUUAUUGAACUUUAUUUACAUGAACCUGUUACCCAUGAUCCACUUUUACUUCAUAAUGCCUUAACAGUUCUUAAUCAUAUUGCAUGUAGUGUUGAUGGUCAAGAGAAAUUAUUUAUUGGACGUGUUGGUGUUAUUGAAAUUGCUAUUGAAAUAAUUCAUCGUUUCUUAAUUAAAAAAACUAGCUGUGAAAUAGUUGAAGUUGCUUGGACUUUACUAUGGAAUAUAACUGAUGAAACACCUGAGAAUUGUCGAAGGUUUCUUGAAGAUAAUAAUGGUUUACAAACAUAUUACGAUUGUUUAGAAUUAUGGUCGGAUAAACGUGAUCUUAUACGAAAUAUGUUAGGAUUACUAGGCAAUGUUGCUGAAGUAAAAGAAUUAAGACAUCAUUUAGUUACUCCUAUGCAUAUGGAAAAAUUCAGAAGUUUAUUAAAACGAUCACAAGUAAAUGAUAUAGAAAUUCCAUAUAAUUGCGGUGGAGUUCUUGCAAAUAUUCUUUCCGAUGGUAUUGAUGCAUGGAAAAUAGGUUCAAGCAUUGAACAAGAAGUUGUCAAUCAAGAAAUGUGUGAUGCUAUACAAACAUGGGAUUUACGGAGACAACGAACAAUUAAUUAUCGAUCAUUAGCACCCAUUCUAAGAUUAUUAAGUGACAAUUAUCCAAGUGGUUGUGUUAUGUGGGCUGUUUGGGCAAUGACUAAUUUAACUACUGUUCUCCCGGAAAAAUAUUGUACAUUAGUUCGAAAUGAAGAUGGUGAAUCAUUAUUAACUCAAAUUUUAUACAGUGACAAAUUAACUGAUGCAAUAAAGAAUUUAGCUCAAGCAGCUCUUGCUAACGUUCAACGUUUUUAUGAUCCACCUGUUCCCAUGGAUAUUGCGCCUGAUGAUUAA